ACAGAGGAGUGUAGCUCGUAGCGUCACCAGCUUUUUUUCCCUCUCCUGCCUCCAAUGUUGUGAAACGGCUUUGUUUUGACGAGGGUCUGCAAGUUUCGGUGAAAUCGGACCAGGCUGUGGAUUUGCUACUAUGACUUUGGAUACGGAUUUAAUGGACGACCUGGUUAUCGACGUGGUGGGAGAAGGGAGCAAGGAUUCGGGAGAAGAGAGCUGCUCUACCUCACCUCCAGUCGUGUCCGAGGCUGAGUUCAGCUCGGCGGCUCUUACUGCCAGGCAUUAUGAUGGCGAUGGGAAAGACAUCGCGUCUUCCAGAUGCCUUCCAGCUCCGAACAAAGGCGCCUCGGUGAAGCCACCUUAUUCCUACAUUGCCCUUAUCACAAUGGCCAUUCUGCAGAGCCCGAAGAAGCGGCUCACUCUCAGCGAGAUCUGCGACUUCAUCAGCCACCGCUUCGCUUACUAUCGCGAGAAAUUCCCCGCCUGGCAGAACUCCAUUCGCCACAACCUGUCGCUCAAUGACUGCUUCGUGAAGAUGCCGCGGGAGCCGGGCAACCCGGGGAAGGGCAACUACUGGACCCUAGACCCGAACUCUGCGGACAUGUUUGAGAAUGGCAGCUUCCUGCGGCGGAGGAAGCGUUUCAAGCGGCAGCAUUUCCGAUUCGGUGUGUUGAAAGAUCAUGCGUUAGAGCCCGCAGGCUUUCCGAACCUGUCGUAUGGCGCAUACGGCCUCGGAGCGUCCUGUGUGCCUUUACCAAGUAUGGACGUCUAUCCGUUUGGAUUCCGCCAUGCCACUCAGGCGUCCUGUGUGCCAGGCGCUCCACCUGGUACCGUCCUUCCGGCGCUAUCCACCUUCUUUUCGCGGAGUUCACUACAUACUAAAGCUUUCGCACCGAGCCAAGCGCUCACAGUGGAGUCAUUAAGCUCAGCUCCGCUUCCCUCCAGCUCCCCGUAUGCGCCCUCCGCUCUUCUCCAUCCCAUCGCCUUUCCUCCGUUUCUCAGCCUGCAGUAUGAAUACCAGAAACUGCAAAGCCUGACAGGCAGCUCGGAGGCGCAUAAUAAACACGCGUACCUGGGCAGUGUUGUUAAUUAGCAGCGGUGCGGCUUUCUAUUUGUUUUCUCUCUCUCUCUCUCUCUCUCUCUCUCUCACUCUCUCUCUCUCACUCUCUCUCUCUCUCAGGAAAUAACGUUUUUGGCAUGUUGAUAUGCUUUCAGAGUAAGAGAUCAGAUUAUCUCUGAUGGCAUUUAAUGGACACUGAACUUUUGACAUUUAUUCCCCCACUGAAUUUUACUGAGAUUUCUUUUUGUUAUUGUUGUUGUUGUUGUUGUUGUUGUUGAAGAAAGACUCAUGUGUGCUUAAAAUAUUUUUCUUAUAUAAAUUUCAUACUACAAAAUUGCGUUGAGUGAUUUGAAAAAUAUUUAACUGACGAAUUUCCUCUUGGUUGUUUGGAAAAAAAAUGAAUAAAACGAAUUUGUUUUCACGAA